AAAAAGUUGAUUGUACAGUUGUGAAGUUGCAGAUGAACAGUUUCUUUUCAUCUGGAGCAAGGGAAAAGAAGGCCGAAACCAAACCACCCGUCGAUGAUGGAUCUCAUAUCCCAUGGGUGGAGAAAUAUCGACCAAAAAACGUAGACGAUCUUGUGUAUCAAAAUGAGGUUGUUGCCGUGUUCAAGAAGGUUUUGGGAGGAUCAGAUUUGCCAAAUAUGCUAUUGUACGGACCGCCAGGUACUGGAAAAACUUCAGCAGCGAUUGCUUUUUGUCGACAGUUGUUCCCAUCACAGGAACUAUUUCGCGAUCGGGUUUUGGAGUUGAACGCCUCCGACGAACGCGGUAUCCAAAUUGUGCGAACAAGGAUAAAAGAUUUUGCUCAUCGAGCUGUGUCCAAGGCUCGAUCGCCUUUCAAAAUUGUGAUUCUUGACGAAGCAGAUGCUAUGACUAGCGCUGCUCAGGCAGCGAUGCGAAGAAUCAUCGAAAAAUAUUCAAGCACAACAAGGUUCUUUCUCAUCUGUAACUAUAUUUCGCGCAUCAUUGAUCCUCUCACAUCCCGAUGCGCCAAGUUCCGUUUCAAACCUCUCCCUACAGAAUGUCAGCUAGAGAGACUUCAAUAUAUCUGCAAGAACGAGAAUAUGGAAAUUACUGAAGAUGCGCUCACGACUCUAAUCGUCUUGUCUGAAGGAGAUCUUCGACGAUCAGUCAUGUAUUUGCAAAGUCUUUCUUGCCGUGAAAAAGUCACUAGCGAAUUCAUCUUUGCGAUGACAGGACAAAUCGACGAAAAAGUGGUGAAACAAAUCCUUCACGCUUGCCAUUCAAAAGAUACUGAUCGUAUCUUGGAUUCCGUAGAGUCAAUAUGUAGAGCUGGAUACGCCAGUCGACCUCUUAUUGAUCAGUUGUAUGAGCAACUACUUGAUGAUGAUACGUUGAAAGAUAUUCAAAAGUGUGUCAUAUUCGAGAAAAUGGCGGUCCUCGAAGCGCGUCUGUUGGAUGGUGCAGAUGAGUAUGUACAAAUGAUGGAUCUGCUAUUUUGUAUCCAGUCGCAAUUCAGUCGCAAGCGAUCGGCUUGAAACCGUCCCAAGUUGAACCUCUUUCGUACUUUUUUGAUCUCCCUCUUAAUCAUGUCUCACCAUGUUUUAAAUCACUUCACAACAUCCAGUGGGUAAUUUCAACCUUGUCGCUUGUCUCAUCGUUUGAAAAUCGUUUGCUUUAUUCUUUGUUACUCUACCGGAGUAUCAGAAGUGUCUCCAGACUCGCUCACUAUUUUGCAAACACCGGUUCAUUGAAUACUUUUCAUAUAUGUAAGUUGUACAACUUGUGCCUGCAUUUUUCUUGACAAUUUUUCCAAAUAAAUCCUCAAAAUUUGCUAUUCAGACGGAAUGCCGC